GGGAACUCACAGCAACUUCAGAGAACUGUGAGCAGGUAGAGAAGGAAAUCCAGCAGCACUACAAAAGGCUCAUCUCCAAACUCCAGCUGGAGGAGCAGGAGAUGGUCACCAAGGUACAAAAAGUCAACCGAGACAGGGGAGGGGAACUGACUCGGGAGAAAGAAAAAUUGGUGACAGAACUCGAAAAGAACAAGGAAGGGGUAAAAUUAUGUGAGAAGAUAUUAGACUGUAAAGAUGACACACAAUCCUUGAUCUUGAGAAAAGAAAUGGAAGAAAAGUUCCAGAAGCUGGCCUUGGAGGAAACAGGUAAGAACAGUUUGGUAGGUCAUACAAAAGUGUCUUUCCAUCCCCGUAGUCUAUCCCAGGUUUCUGGAGGUUCCUUGUCAGUGUUUGCUGGGUUCACUAUUGAUGUACAGGAGCCAGCAGUAGAGAGUCUGUCCUGCCCUGUCACUGUCACAACCAACAAUGCAGAUCUAACAGGUGGGAAAGUUGCACCACAGAUAGAAGUGACCUCCCCCCAGGGUAAAACCACCCUCAUACAAACAAGGGCACACACUAGUCCCCCACUAGCUGCAGGGAAGGGACAAACCAGCAGAGUUAGCAGGGUCUGGGGUGCAGAGUGGAGACCUCAGCAGUCAGGCAAACACACACUGGGGGUCUGUAUAGGGGGUAUGAAGGAUCUUUGCUCUCUCAAUGUAGAUGUGGGAAGUAACAAUCAUGUCCUGAGGUUGGGGCAGAAAGGCAGCCAGCAGGGGCAGUUUGACACUCCUAUAGAUGUAGCAGUCAGUGGGGACAGGCUGUAUGUGGCUGAUACUUAUAACCAGCGUGUUCAGGUGUUUGAUCUGAGUGGAAAGUUUUGUCACUCAUUUGCAGUAAAUCCUGGCCCCUAUGGGCUGGCAGUACAGAGGGAUGGGAGGGUUGUUGUAGCUGAUAAGGGCAAACACAGCAUCUUCCUGUUUGAGGCAGAUGGGACACUGGUGAAACAGGUGGGAGGGCAGGGGAAGGGGGAGGGGCAGUUUGAUCAGCCAUACUUUGUCUGUGUGGAUAAAGAAGACAACGUCAUUGUGGCAGAUAAAAACAACCACCGUGUUCAGGUGUUUGACAGGAAUCUGAACUACAAACACAAGUUUGGUCAGUGGGGCAGACUGCCACAGGACAUGUUUGGUCCUGCAGGGGUGUCAGCUGACAGCAGGGGGAACAUAGUUCUGGCAAACUUUGGAGAUGUCUCUGGUGUAAGUGGUGUAGAACAUGGCAGGAAGCUUCAGGUGUUCCGGCCAGACGGCACCUGGGUGUCCACCAUUAGCAGUGAUGGGGACAAACUGAACUGGCCCCACGGGGUGGCUGUGACAGAGGAUGGACAUGUGUUUGUAGUUGAUCCUGAAGACCACUGUGUCAGGAAGUACAGAUACAUGUAA